AUGGCAACAAAGAAUAUGAUUAUCUACGGCGGGGCUGGAGCACUCGGACGCCACCUGGUGGAACACUUCAAGGCAGCUGGCUACUCGAUUAUCUCUGUCGAUCGAGUCGAAAACGCGAACGCUGAUAAGAACGUUAUCGUCUUGCAAGGGCAGGCUCUCUUCUUUGUUUUGCGAGGCAAACAUCCCGUCAUCAACGUCGCCGGAGGGUGGUGUGGUGGAAACGCUGCUGACGACAAAUUCGUGGCCAACGUUGACCUUGCUCUUCGACAAUCAGUGUGGACCUCCGCGAUCACGUGUUCUCUUGCCGCUAAGUUCCUGAAAGAAAACGGUCUCUUCGUCCUUCCGGGCGCCGCGCCUGUCCUGGAUGGGGCUACUUCUGGCAUGAUCGCUUACGGAGCUGCCAAAGCUGCUGUCCAUCACAUGCUUAGUUCCGUGUCGACCAAAGACGGCGGGCUUCCCGAAGGAGCGGCCAGUUAUUGCCUUGCACCUGUGAUCUUGGACACGCCUAUGAAUCGUAAAUUCAUGCCAAAAGCUGACACCACGAAAUGGACACCACUCUCUUACGUUGCCGAAAAAUUCCAGUGCUGGGUUGAAAAGCCCGACCAGCGUCCCAAGAAUGGAUCAGGAACGGUAUUCCCUGAUAAUCCCUAA